GUCGUCUGCUAGCGAGUAUCGUCAUUUCCGGAAGUUCAGCACCUCUCUUGCUCUUGCACCUCCUCGCUUUCCGCUCUGUUCCUCCUCUUCCUCCCAAUCCACCGAAACAAAGCAAACAAAUGUCAACAACAGUAGCAUAAAUCUACGCGGGGAAGAGGGACUGGUUGUUCGUGUCGUCCUUUCGUUUAUUUUAUUCUUCACAGUGGCGGGAGUGGGGUGAACGGCGGUUAAAUCCCCGCCGAUAAUCGUUCUCGGAUGCUCGCCGCCGCCGUGCCGAGUUCACCGGCAAGCUCGCACUCGUUCGCCAUGAAAAUGGACGGAUUCCGGACCAAGGGCGACACGGUCGACGCCGUCUCCGAGUCCUUGUCCUUCACCCGCUUCGACGCCGCGCUACUUGUCAUCUCGAUCGUGACGGUGUUCGCGGACGUGUUCAUCGACGUCUGGGUCGCCUACAGGCACCUCCAGAGCGGGAACCUGCUGUACUUUGGCCUCACCGUCGUCUUCAUCCUAGUCCCGUCGUGGGUCGUCACGUCGGUCAGCCUCAAGUGGUGCGUGAUCCAGGGUCGGCGCUCCGAGUACGACGAGUACAGGCAGAGGCUCUGGCUCGCGGUCACCCUGCACAUUUUCCAGUUGGCCAUCGUGUACAGGUACCUGAGUUCCCUCGUCUUCGGCAUUCGGAGCCAAGACAAGAAGCGCGCAAAGCCAGAGCGCAGGGUCUACUACCAGCUCAUGCUGUGGGAGGACAACGAUGCGGCCGUGCUGCGCCUCAUAGAAUCCUUCCUCGAGUCCGUUCCCCAGCUGCUCCUGCAGGUCUACAUCCUGACCACAAAUGUGGACCAGUCGUCGCUCAUGGUGGUCGCCCAGAAGGCGUCAGUGGGCAUCAGCGUGGCAUCCAUUGCGUGGUCCCUGGUGGCAUACGUGCGCACACUGCGCUUUUCGUUGGAGGACAGCCCCAACGUGUCGUGGCAGGCCACCAUCGUCUGCUACCUGUGGCGGGUCCUGGUGUUGGCCCCCCGCCUGGCCGCCCUGGCCCUCUUCACAGCCGUCUUCCACUGGGCCCUCUUCGUGCUCGUCCUCGCCCACUGGCUGCUCAUGUUCGCAUGGCUGGUGCGCUUCGUCCGCAUCGGCCAGUACGACACACGCACGGACAAGCUGUUCUUCAAGGCGGUCCUGGCGGCCAUCUAUGUCUUCUGCUUUGUGGACAUGGCUCCCGGCAACCGUCGUUUCCGGUACGCCUUCUUCUACGCUGUCAUGUUUGCCGAAAACGCCCUGCUGCUGGGCCUGUGGUACCGGUACGCCGAACCGACACCCUGGUACCACACCGUGGCUCUACUGGGGAGCUUCUGCAGCUUCUGCAUGGGAAUCAUGUUCCUGAUAAUCUACUACCUUUUGCUGCACCCAAAUGCAUCCAGCAUCGUUCAGCCUGAAUCUUCGGAGAUCAACAUCAGAAACGGUUUUGCCGGCGAAAGUCACGAGCCCUCGGAGACACCGUCGACGGGACGCAAUUCGCCACAGCGCGUUUCGCUGACCAACUCGUCCCCGAAGAGGGAUUCCCUGACACCCUGUCUCGAGGCGGGCGACCCUUGUUCGUUACCUGGUUUCAAGGUCACUCCUGUGUGACCUUGAAACCGGGUAGUGGUCGUUUUGCGUGUUGCAUGUCGGCACAUGCAGUGAAAAGCUUCUGAAUGUUGCUCACUGACCACCGUGCAGAUAGAGCGAGGUUCGAGCUUGCUCGAUUUGCACGGUCGUGCGUAAUCUGUCAGUGGAAGAUUUGUCGACGGUUGAAUGGCAGGGUUAUGAACCAAACACCGCAGGAGAGUAAUGUGGGCAUCUCAAGUUAACAUCUGUUUCACCGGUGCUCGAAAUCAUUCCUGGUCGCCCAAGGAGUCGCCGAGCCUCUCUGUAUGUUACUGUCAUAGAGACCUGAUUGAUAUGGCAGGAUUAGCUGCACUAUUGCUCGAAUUCCUUUGUGGACAGAAAUGAUAAGUCGUUCCUACAUUGAUCAAAUGCAAUUGUAGUGCAAUCUGUCAGAAUAGCUGUGUGCUUAGGAAUCUACCGACAAAGUGUCAGUUGUUACCCCGAGGGACUACUGCUGCUCAAAUUCGCUUGUGGACAGAAAAGAUGAAUCAUCCUUCUAUAACCAAAUCGGAUCAUAAUGCAAAUAAUGUGUCAGGAUAGCUGCACACUUUGCAAUCUACUCACAAAGUAGCAGUGGGCCAAUGCAAGAUGAUGACCUAAAUUUUAUUUUUCAUGAAACUAAAGCUUGAAGGCAGGUUUUGCAAACAAAGCCGUUAGUUUCGUAUGACAUGAAUCUGACCAUGUUUUUUGUGGAGGUAAGCUUUAGGCAAGCAUGAACAACCCUAGCUCCACAAAAGCUGCAUUAUAUAAUUGAAUAUGUGAAGCAACUAGCUGUAGGUAAUGUAGAUUAAACAAACAGGGGAGAUCUGUGCUUUUGAUUCAGCAGGUGCUACGAUUAAUCGGCACAUCUAACAACAAAGGAACACAUUUAAGCUCGUGCUGUCUCGUUUGUGGUGUUUGGUUGCAACCGUCUAAAGUUGCGACACGUCAUACUGUUCCUAAGCUGUAGCUACAGAGUUGACGUUAAACUCGGCAUGACUGAAUUACAAAGUGAGUGGAGUUUUUUGCAGUGUCGUUUUCCCACCUUGCAAGUAGCUUGGUUUCUUUUACGAGCUUUCAGCGGCCAUAAGUCUAGUACAAUGUACAGAAUUUAUUUUUUGUGUUGGCAAGUGUGAAUUUUGAGCUCCGACUGCGGAUGUGUCAGGGGUAAAUAGAAUCUGCAGCAUUGAAAUGUUUGGCGUGCCUUUACACUCCCUGAAACCAGACUUUCUCAUAGAAUGUCUUCAUCCAUUAUUUGGAACUGUAGAAAAUGUGUAUGUACACAGUAGCAGAGCAGACCUUAAGUCUUUAGGAUUUUCUGGCCCACGUCAAGACAGGAUCAUUCCGAAUGUACAAAGUCAUCCAGUCUGUGCAUCUUAAUGAUCAUUCAUGAGCCUUCCACAUUUAUUGGUAGCUACAACAUAAUGGUACUUCUAAAGGUUGUGUAACUUCUUGCCUUCUGUCACUGUUUUGACCCACGAUUUUAUAUGAACAUGGGGUUUCAUUCAUUAAUCAUUCAGGACCCAUUUCGGUUGUUGCGGUGCAAACAUAUUUAAUUGACGUCCUCGCUUCAUUGUUCCUUGACCCUGCGACUGACCUCGCAGAAACUGUAGCUGCUCGACUUCCGCGCCCAUUUCACUUCUAGUCAUGUUGUCGGUGUAUCAUGUGUAUGUUUCGAAAAAUGUGACGUUGCGUUUUAGCAGUCCUUUUUGCGAUGCAGGGUUUUGGAAGUGUCUCAAAUAUAUACAAAAGAAAAGGUGCACCACGGGAAUUUGCGUACACUGCCCCUCCGAACAAAGUAUGCCUUCCGCCCUCCGAAACGUUUUUGUGAUACCACACAUUCCAGUUGUCGAAAGCGUUGUGAAAGAAACGGUCGUUUCGGGGAGCUGCUCGCCAACUCGGCGAUGUGCCGCCGGUGCUAUUGUAGCGUAGGCUAGAAGCUCUAAAUUAGUAGCUACCCUUCGUCGGCCACUUCGUUCCACAACUUCAUUUUGGUUGCCACCAUUUUAGUCUGCAACGGUGUGAAGCAGCCGAGGUGGCAUUGUUUUGCCCUGUCGCGGACUAACAUUUUCGUAGGACGAAAACCCUUUUCCUGCGAUGUUAGGUGAAGCCUUGUACAGCUGGCAACAAUGAUUGUAAGUACCAAGAUGACCGAUGUGUUUUUACUGUUAGUGGCUCUAGUGUAGGCGACCUCCCCCUAAUGUCAGCAUCGGUCGAGUCUUCGCGUCGACCGUCACGAGUCGUGAUCUCUUUUUUUUUUUUUUUUUUUUUUUAAAGGUGAUGACAAGCUCAAGUGAUCACUUGAUCGGUUCAAGUGUCAUGAUAUCAGUUUAUUAGUCUACAUUUUAACGGUUGGAGGGUCGUGAACAUUGGAGCCACUUGCUUCCGAGCGGCUCUAGUGAACACUAUUUACGCGUGCUAACGGGUGUCACAUUUUUAUAGAGUCAACCAUGUUAUUGGCGAGGGAUGGGCUUGUAUCGGUUGAGCCAAUGAACAUAUUUGUUACACUAAACUUUGUGCUGUUACGUGAAGCAUGUUUUGGAUGGGGGACCUCCCAUUGUAUGCGAUAGAGUGGGUGGGAAUUAUCUCAUUUUUAUAUAUAUAAUUCUGCCUACAUCAUGUUUUCAUGUUGCAUAUUCUUCACAUCACCAGGAAAAUGCCCAUCAUUUUCCGUUACAUUGUAUCGACAUGGUUCAAUAAUAAAGAUGCUCAGAUUUGA